AUGGCUACCCCCAGUGUCCUUACCUUUGAUACUGAGGGUCGUGCUGUUGACUUCGAGGUCUGGGUCGAUGACCUGCAGCUUUUCCUACAGUGCGAUAGGGCAGUCGGACUCUCCCUGUUUGAUCUCACCUCUGGUGCCUCUCCUGCCCUGCCUGCUGAUGCUGACAGCACAGUUCGCUCACAGUGGGCCACGCGCGAUGCUGCUGCGCGUCUUGCUGUGCAUCGCCACUUACCGACCGCUGAGCUUGCGCACUUAAGUCAGUACAAGAGUGCUAAGUCCUUGUACGUCGGUGUAGUUGCACGCUACUCUUCCCAUGCCACUGCUGCUCUUAGCCGCCUCAUACUCCCGUACCUGUUUCCUGACCUCGCCGCCUUUCCCACUGUCGCAGACCUCGUUACGCACCUUCGCACUAGUGACACCCGCUACCGCGCUGCACUUCCCGCUGAGUUCUGCGCCAAGAACCCCCCCCCCCCCCCCAUGUACAUCACCCUCUACUACAUAGUCACCCGGCUCCCUGACUCCCUUCGCUUGGUCAGGGACCACUUCCUCUCAGUUUGCCCCACCACACUCACCGUUGACCUCCUCGAGGAGCGCCUCCUGGCAGCUGAGAAGAGUAUAGUCGCUGUAGGAGUCUCUAGAGGUGACCCGCGUGCCCCUGUCUUUGAGGGGUGCUCCCCCUCCCCUCUUUUGCCCUCUGUUGCCUUUGCUACUGCCGUCAACUUCGUUGGCACCGAGUCGGUCAGCGCUGCGUCUGCCACUAGCGGGCGACACCGCAGCAGCAAGGGCAAGGGGGGCAAGGGCGCUGGAGGGGCUAGCGGGGGCAGUGGAGGUGGAGGUGGAGGAGGCGGAGGGAGUGGGGGUGGUGGUGGGAGUGGUGGCGGGGGUGGGGGCUUCGGUGGCGGCGGUGGCGGCGGAGGCGGCGGCGGCGGUGGCGGUGGGAGCGGAGGAGGAGGCGGUGGCGGCGGUGGCGGAGGUGGCGGCGGAGGAGGUGGAGCUAGUCAGGGUGGCUAUGCGCAGCGGGGCGGCUAUGGUGGUCAGCGCCAGCAGCAGCAGCGCACUCGUGAGACCCCGUCCCCCCAACAACUUCGUGAGUGGUACGCUGAGCGUCAGCGAGGCAUUGAGGCUGCUGCUCUAGGUGGUGAUGAGGCUGCUGCUCUAGGUGCUAGUGUGUCUGCUGCCCCAGGUGCUGGUGAGUCUGCUCUCUCUGGUACCACGUCGGCUCAGGCCUUACACACCUUCACCCUUGACUCCGGUGCUUCCCGCUCCUUCUUUCAAGACCGCACCACGCUUACGCCGCUUAGUCGGCCGGUUGCGGUCUCCCUGGCGGACCCCUCUAGGGGUCCUGUCCUUGCUCGCUUCUCCACUGUCUUACCGUGUCCGGCAGCCCCCUCUGGCACCCUGUCAGGUCUCUACCUCCCCUCGUUCUCUACGAACUUGGUGAGUGGUACUGAUCUACAGGAUCGGGGGGUUGACCAGUUCACUCAUGCAAGUCAGCGAGUGACCCACUAUACGGGUGCUCGGACGGGCCGACACUUGGCCACGUUUACCUGUCGGCCGGGGUCGAGCCUGUACACACUGACUACUGAGUCUCCUCCGGUUGCUGAGUCGGGUUAG